CCGAGCCCUGCCCCCGCGAGCCUCCCGGACCCCUUUGUGCGGCCGGAGGCGGCGGCGGGAACGGCCAUGGCGGCCAACAUGUACCGGGUGGGAGGUGAGUACCGGGCGCAGGGGUAUGGGGCCCGGGGCGGGAGAGGUUGGGGUCGGGACCUGAGGGGCUCGGCACCGAGUGGCGCGAGGCGCAGCGUAUGGGGCAGCGUGGACCGGAGCACGGACCGGAACCGGAACCGGGAGACGAGGACAGAGGGUGCGGGGAACCGCGACGCGGCAGGGCGCCGAGACUCCCAGAGAGAAGCUGCGGGCAGCCCCGACGGCACUUUCAGGGCUGUGUCGGGGGCUCCCUGGGGCACGGAGUGGGCUUCUGAAACCGGUUCCGAAGGAGCUGACAGGGUAGGGAGGGAACGCGAGGGGCUGGGGCGACGGCUUUGCCACCGCGGGGGAGCCGCCCGGAGGUUUCCUCUUCCCAGGCGUUAUUGUGCGCCUCGGUUCGAAAAGAUUACGUCUAUUUUGAGAACUCUUCCAGCAAUCCUUACCUGGUUAGACGGAUUGAGGAGCUCAACAAGACUGCAAAUGGAAAUGUGGAGGCAAAGGUUGUCUGUCUUUUCCGGCGCAGGGACAUUUCAAGUAGCCUCAACAGCCUGGCUGAUAGUAAUGCCAGGGAGUUUGAAGAGGAAUCAAAGCAGCCAGGGGUGUCUGAGCAGCAGCGCCAUCAACUGAAGCACCGGGAACUUUUUCUUUCUCGGCAAUUUGAAUCAUUACCAGCCACCCACAUACGGGGGAAAUGCAGUGUGACCCUCUUGAAUGAGACAGAUAUCUUGAGCCAGUACCUGGAAAAGGAGGACUGCUUUUUUUACUCACUGGUGUUUGACCCUGUGCAGAAGACACUUCUAGCUGAUCAGGGCGAGAUUAGAGUUGGUUGCAAAUACCAAGCUGAGAUCCCAGAUCGCCUAGCAGAGGGAGAAUCUGAUAAUCGGAACCAACAGAAGAUGGAGAUGAAGGUCUGGGACCCAGACAACCCUCUCACAGACCGGCAGAUCGACCAGUUUCUCGUGGUGGCCCGAGCCGUGGGAACCUUUGCAAGAGCCCUAGAUUGCAGCAGCUCCAUUCGGCAGCCAAGCUUGCACAUGAGUGCAGCUGCUGCCUCCCGAGAUAUCACCCUGUUUCACGCCAUGGAUACCUUGCAAAGGAACGGCUAUGACCUGGCUAAAGCCAUGUCGACCCUGGUACCCCAGGGAGGCCCGGUGCUGUGUCGGGAUGAGAUGGAGGAAUGGUCAGCCUCAGAGGCCAUGCUAUUUGAGGAGGCCUUAGAGAAGUAUGGGAAGGACUUCAAUGAUAUUCGCCAGGAUUUUCUACCCUGGAAGUCACUUGCCAGCAUAGUCCAGUUUUAUUACAUGUGGAAAACCACAGACCGGUAUAUUCAGCAGAAAAGAUUGAAAGCUGCUGAAGCAGACAGCAAACUGAAACAGGUCUACAUCCCCACCUACACUAAGCCAAACCCUAACCAGAUCAUUUCUGUGGGUUCAAAACCUGGCAUGAAUGGGGCUGGAUUUCAGAAGGGCCUGACUUGUGAGAGUUGCCACACCACACAGUCUGCUCAGUGGUAUGCUUGGGGCCCACCUAACAUGCAGUGCCGCCUCUGUGCUUCCUGUUGGAUCUACUGGAAGAAAUAUGGGGGACUUAAGACCCCAACUCAGCUUGAGGGGGCCACUCGGGGCACCACGGAGCCACACUCAAGGGGUCAUUUGUCCAGACCUGAAGCUCAAAGUCUCUCUCCUUACACAACCAGCGCCAACCGGGCCAAGCUACUGGCUAAGAACAGGCAAACUUUCCUGCUUCAGACCACAAAGCUGACCCGUCUUGCCAGACGCAUGUGCAGGGACCUAUUGCAGCCAAGGAGGGCUGCCCGACGGCCUUAUGCUCCUAUCAAUGCCAAUGCCAUCAAAGCAGAGUGCUCCAUUCGACUUCCUAAGGCCGCCAAGACUCCAUUGAAGAUUCACCCUCUGGUGCGGCUGCCCCUGGCAACUAUCGUCAAAGAUCUGGUGGCCCAGGCACCCCUGAAACCAAAAACACCUCGGGGUACCAAGACACCGAUCAACAGAAACCAGCUGUCCCAGAACCGGGGACUGGGGGGCAUUAUGGUGAAACGGGCCUAUGAGACUAUGGCAGGGGCAGGGGUUCCUUUCUCUGCCAAUGGAAGGCCUCUGGCUUCAGGGAUUCGUUCAAGCUCACAGCCAGCAGCCAAGCGUCAGAAACUAAACCCAGCUGAUGCCCCCAAUCCUGUGGUGUUUGUGGCCACAAAGGAUACCAGGGCCCUACGGAAGGCUCUGACCCAUCUGGAAAUGCGGCGAGCUGCUCGCCGACCCAACUUGCCCCUGAAGGUGAAGCCAACGCUGAUUGCAGUGCGGCCCCCUGUCCCUCUACCUGCACCCUCACAUCCUGCCAGCACCAAUGAGCCUAUUGUCCUGGAGGACUGAGCACCGGUGGGGAAGGGAGGUGGGCUGAGAGGUAGAGGAUGGAUGCCCAGGGCACCCAAACCUCCCUUCCCUUUCGUGUCGAAGGGAGUGAGGAGUGAAUAAGGAAGAGACCAAGUGAGUGUGUGUCCCUGGAGGGGUUGGGCGCCCUCUGGUGUUACCACCUCAAGACUUGUCUCAUGCCUCCAUGCUUGCUGAUGGAGGACAGACUGCAGGAACUUGGCCCAUGUGGGAACCUAGCCUGUUUUGGGGGGUAGGACCCACAGAUGUCUUGGACAGUUUUGGGGGGAGGGUUUUUUAAUUUUUUAAAAAUUUUGCCUCCCUUUGUGCAAGGGGAUGGGGAGGGGAAGAGUAAACAGAUAACAGGUGGUGGUACCUGGUUGGGGGAGGGGGGUGUGCACUGCCAUGUCUUUUUUUUUUUUUUUUUUUCCUAAUUGGGGGUUUCUCUUUCUGUCCGGUGUCCGGACUUUCCUAAUUGGAGUUUGAGGCCCCUAAGCUGGCAUCAACCCCAGGCCACGCUCGCUCUUUCCUUCCCUCCCCUCCCCCUCCGCCUUUUGUACGCCAGUUCUCAGAAAUAAAGAUCUUUUGUCCGUUUUUUUAACCUCGGAUUCUGUAAUUGGUUCUUAUAGUAACAAAUAAAAAGCUGUUUUCUUCAGCUUC